AACAGAGGUGGAGUCAUUAUAAGAGCAGACUCACUCAGGACUGCUCUUUCUCUCUAAGAGAGAGAUAGAAGAAAGAAAGAAAGAAGGGAGGAGGUGGCAGUAGUUUUUAUACUGGAGCAAUUUUGGUUUUUAUCCAUGCAUACAGAAAAAGAUUCUGCAAGUAAUGAACUCUGCAAAAAAAAUACCCUUCAAAACUACAGCAAACCCUCCUUUUCUCUUCUGUCUCUGAAUAUGUGAAUCCUCUCUACAAGAGCUAGCUAGGGUUUCUGUUCUUGAUCUUUUUGAACACCUUUUGAUUGUUCUUUCUUUUCGAUCUUUAGUUCUUUUAAGGAUGUUGAAUGCAACUAGUACAAGAAAUAGGUCCCCUUUUACUCCAAGUCAAUGGCAAGAACUUGAACAUCAAGCUCUCAUUUACAAAUACAUGGUUUCAGGUAUCCCUAUCCCACCUGAACUCAUCUUUACUGUCAAAAGAAGCUUGGAGUCGUCGUUAGCAUCAAGGCUCUUUCCUCACCAACCUAUUGGCUGGGGUUGCUUUCAGGUGGGUUUUGGCAGAAAAGCAGACCCGGAGCCAGGAAGGUGCAGAAGAACAGAUGGAAAGAAAUGGAGGUGCUCAAAGGAAGCAUACCCAGAUUCCAAGUACUGUGAAAGACAUAUGCAUAGAGGCAGAAAUCGUUCAAGAAAGCCUGUGGAACUUACUUCUUCAACUACUAAUAACACAACAGCUAGUACAGUGACAAAUCCUUCACUAUCAAUCAACAGAAGCCUCUCUGCCACCACCACUAAUAACAAUACUACUUCACCUUCUGGCUCCUCUUACUCUUUCUCUCCUCUUUCUUCACCUAUGGAACCUGAAUUCCAUGCUUCUGGCCACAACAACAUCCUCAGUCCAUUUCCUUACUCUCAUUCUUCAUCAUCUAGACCUCAAAACAGCACUACCCAUAACCUGUUUUUGGACUCUGGCUCUACUUCUCAUGUUGACAAGGACUACAGGUAUUUUAAUGGAAUGAGGGAGGGAAUAGACGAGAGAACUUUCUUUCCAGAAGCUUCUUCAGGAAGUUCAAGAAACUUGCAAGAUUCGUAUCAGCAAUUGACAAUGAGUUCUUACAAAAGCUACUCACAUCCACAGUUUGAAAGUUUAGCUGAUAGUACUUCAAAACAUCAGCAAGAACAGCCUCAACAUUGCUUUGUUUUAGGCACUGAUUUCAAGUCAUCAACUACAAGAACAAUCAAGUUAGAAAAAGAAUCCGAAGCCCAGAAACCAUUGCAUCAUUUCUUUGGUGAGUGGCCACCAAAGAACUCGGAUUCUUGGCUGGAUCUUGCAUCCACUUCAAGACUGCACACAGCUGAUAGUUGAAGACUCAAUAAUGGAUCUUCGUAUAAUGGCCAAAAGAGUACUACAUGUUUGGUGGGUCAAUCUGAUUUCCUUUAGAUGUUGAAAUUUGUGGCUAGGGUAACCUUUUUCUUCUAUGGUGGGAUUAAUAAUGUAGGGACACAUGAAGGAUUCCUGUCCUUUUGCUUUCUUGAAUCAUGAUAUUUAAAUUUUUAUCUUCCUCUUCAAAAGAAACGUGUUCUGGGAUAUUUGUAAACUUGCUUGUUUGACUUGAAGAAUCUUAAAUUCAUGGCUUUGGCCCUCUAUAAUGCAGAUACUAUCAAGCAGUUCUUACUCUA